UGUGAAGAUCAGCGAAGAUCAAACCGGCGAGUGCAAGUUGACCUCUCUGAGCGUCGCCCGCUUUUUCUCUCAAGGAUACAGUCCGCACGCUCGGGACACCAUCACAGCACUCCCGUUGCACUCAACAACAACCUUGCCAGGACCCACAAUGUCACAAUUCUGUACAAUGCCAGCUGGAGAGAAGAAGAAGCAUGCAGCAGCUAUUUGUCGAGAGGUCCACAGUACCAACGGCGACGUGAUGGAUCUGGGAAAGAAGCACAGCACUCCCAAAGACAUCAUGCUGGAGGAGCUGUCGCUGCUCUCCAACAGAGGCUCCCGCCUGUUCAAGAUGCGCCAGAGACGCUCGGAAAAGUACACGUUCGAAAGCAUACAGAACGAGGCCAACGCGCAGCUGAACAAUGAUAUUCUUGCCCAGAGUGCACACAUGAUUGAAAUUAAAGUGGAUGCGCCAACCAAUGGCCAUACUCCUAAUCCAGAUGAAACCGUUCCAGAUACAAACGCAGAAAAGUUAAAUGCAGCCUCUAUGCCCAAAUGCUACCACUCACCCUGGGAGGAGGCCAUCAUCAACGAUCCAGGCCUCGCUGACACUUUCAAACCAAGGAUGCCCGAAAUAGACCCUCGACCAGAACUUCCCGAGUACAAAAGCUUCAACAGGGUGGCGACACCUUAUGGCGGCUUUGAGAAAGCGCCGCGAGGAAUAACAUUCAAACUUCCAGAGCUGGACCUGAACCCUCCGAAGUACCCAGAGCUCCAGGAGCCGGGAAUAAAGAAGCCCACCUUCAACAGAAGCGCCCAGGGAUGGAUAUCUGAAGGCACCCACCUCAUCCUACCCACAAUCACCCUGGAGUCCAUCCAAGUCCCCGAGUCGGAAGACCUGUAAGCAGGUCUCGGAACGACGGCGGUCCAGUGGCUCGCACGGGUCCCAUUUUUUUGCUCUCCCCACGCAACGGACGAGGAAAUGUUUCACUCAACUAUCCCUCAGUUGAUUAAUGUCUUUGACGUCAUGUAAAUAGAGAAUGGAAUGUGCUGCAAAUGAUCCCAUAAGAGUUGGCAGUGCUUGUGCCCGUCAUGUAAAUAAAGAAUACAGCUUCUUUGUGGAUGUCACACAAUCAACAAGAGGAAAAAUGAAAAAAGUAGGACGGCAGUUUAGUUUGUGUGUCCCGUCCACAUAUGAGUUGGCUUCACAGUGCAGGUCCAAGUGCUCAAUUCCAAUUGAAUGCUUACAGUGGAUAUAGAAAGUCUACACACCCCUGUUCAAAUGCCAGGUUUUUGUGAGACAAAAAAAAUGUAGCCAAGAUAAAUCAUUUUAAAAAGAUCCACCAUGAAUGUGACCUAUUGAGUUUAACUCUGCAACUCAAUUAAAAAAAUAUUUUUGAGGGCUGAGUUAAAAUAAACAACUGAGGUAAUGUGAUUGCACAAGUGUGCACACCUGUUUAAGUGGAAAGGCUAUGGACCGUGGCUUGUGUUAAGAUGUGUUGUAAGAUUUACUCCAGGCCUGUCUAUACAGCGCCAUCUGCUGGAUCUGUUUGAUCAACACUUGGCCCCGAUGCACGUGGACCGUAACGGCCAAACAAACAGUGAAAAUAAAAUAUUUAGCCAUACUUUUAUUCGUAUCGUCAUGAACUUUUCAUGGGUUGCUGCUCGGCACACAUGCCAACCCUCCAAAAAUGUGUGUAAAUUUGUGCGUAAUCCGGCUAACAAACUCACAUUUUUGGAACAAUAUUAAACAAUAUUACUGUUAUACACUAUACUCUAAAUUGCAAUUAGAGAAAUGAGAUGAUCCCAC